AUGAAACUGUUAUAACGUAUAACAGAAAAUUAUUAUUGAAACUAACGCAUUUUUCGCCAAAACAUUACGAGACUAGUCAUGAAACAUGGUUUAUUUAAUGAAGAUAAUUUCGGUAAUCGUACUAACUGUUAUUGUUGCAGUAAAAGCCAGAAUACACAAGUUGCCUCUUACGGAUGAUUACCGGCACUAUGUGGACCUGACCACCUUCGGGUUCUUCCAAGGCGGGGUGCUCGAUGUUCGCAUGGUCAACUUCAAACUACCCUCAAACGUGGAACCCGGAGAGUACGGUUUCACCCUCGACCGCACAGUGAAUGACGCCAUCAGCCCGUACUUAGAGGCACAUUCCGACAUGUGCUUCCUAAAGGACAGCGAGAGCAGCUACACGUCCUCGCAGCACCCCGCCAUCGUGUUCCUUAAGAUGGACUUCAACAACUUGAGGUUAAACAUAACUUGCAAAGGCAACGACCUGAAAGCCAUGCAUCUGUACCAGAACCGAUCGCAGAUACCACUGGACCGCGCCAAGCGGAGUAGCUUCUGGCGGCACCCUUACAUCACCAAGCGGUCUGCUGACAAGGGUCCGGAAUGCGUGCCUCCUUGCUCGUGCGCCCAUCUGCCCAUAACAAAAGAAACAAAAAAUGGCUUCGAUUAUUACAAUACCAGUUUCGCAAUGUACGUGGCAUCCGUGCGCGAGGAGGGGCUGUACAACCUCUACUUCCACAACUGCCCAAAGACUGACAAGGGAGUUACACCCGCUAUGAACUUUGUUAUAGAAAUAUACGAAAGCAACGACGGCAAUUUCCUGUCAGCCGGCGAGAUGCCGCUCCCCGCCUUAUACAGCACGAUGUCGCUCAUAUUCCUGCUCUCGGCCGGUUUUUGGACCUUCAUCCUCAAGAGCAGCAAGCACCCCGUGUACCGGAUACACAUCCUCAUGUGCGUGCUGGCGUACCUCAAGGCGCUUUCGUUGGCCUUCCACGGGAUCAACUACUAUUUCAUCAGGACGAGGGGCGAGCACGUCACGGCGUGGGCCAUACUCUACUAUAUCACUCACCUGUUAAAAGGCGCAGUGUUGUUCGUGACAAUAGUGCUCGUCGGUACGGGCUGGAACUUCAUCAAACACAUCCUGGCUGACCGGGACAAGAAACUGUUCAUGAUCGUCAUACCACUGCAGGUGGUUGCAAACGUGGCAGAAAUAAUAAUAGCGGAGAGCGAAGAGGGCGCGGCGGAGCACAACGCGUGGAGCGACACCUUCAUUUUGGUGGAUCUCCUGUGCUGCGGUGCCAUUCUGUUCCCCGUCGUGUGGUCGAUACGCCACUUGCAAGACGCGUCGAGCACCGACGGCAAAGCAGCGAUCAACCUGCGGAAACUGAAGUUGUUCCGCCACUUCUACAUAAUGGUCGUGUGUUACAUAUACUUCACGAGGUUCAUCGUCUAUCUGCUCAAGAUAACGGUGCCGUUCCAGUACUCGUGGAUAGACGAGAUGUCGCGCGAGCUGGCAACGUUCGUGUUCUUCGUUAUGACCGGCUAUAAGUUCCGACCUGCCGCCGCCAACCCGUACUUCACGCCCAACACGACGGACGACGCGCUCGUCCUAUCGGAAAUCGGCGUGCUAGAGGGAGUAACGAAGAUACCGCACCGCGGCGAGAGGAAGCGAGAAGACACGGUGCCUCUCAUGCAGGACGGCUACAAUUCCGACUAGCGUAUGCUUUCCUAGUUAGUUUUAUAUCUUGUACAGUCGCCAUCAGAUAU